AUGUCAGUUAAGAAGACGAAAGGCGCCGCCGCAGGUCUGAUUACCGUCCACGCAUCUGCUCCAGUAGCUGCGCUGAAGUCUGCGGCAAAUUUAGAAACUGAGAACCGAGAAGCCAGGUUGAUCACCCAGCCUCUGCUGGACACAGAGAAUGGAUUUGUUAAGGACCUGGACAGCUAUCUGAGCCACCGGGGGACCCUGGAGCUGAGGAAGAGGGAGCUCCUGCACAAGCGCUGGACGGAGCGUGUCUGGGCGCCCAUCCAGAAGAGCAUCGAGGAGCACCUCUCGCUCUGUUGCUGCGAGGAAGCAGAGAGGAUGAGGAGCGCCCUCCUGCACUAUGUGGAGUACUGCAACGCCAAGGGUUUCGUGUCUCUAGAAGACUACGAUCCAAAUGAGUAUGACCCCUUCCUGCAUCACAUCAACAGGCCUCAUUACUUCAAGGUCUCCACCCCUGCCCUGAAAGACCCGCUGCUGCACCAAUCACGGGAGAGGAAUAAAGAAAUCAGAACAGUCCUGCGCUGUCAAACAGGGCACGUGUACACCCGCAAGCAAAUCGAAGACUUGCUCAGGUUUAAUUUGCCUCAUGUCAACUAA